AUGAACCCUAACCCACAAAUCGAUUUUGCCCCCACAAUCGAAGGACAUCAAAGCUUGAUUGUUGAAGUUGUUCACGUGGAGGCAAGGAGAGGUCUGAAUGAUCCUGAGAAUGCUGUUAUUGGGGCUUUUGCUGGUGCUGUAACUGGAGCUAUCACCACUCCCCUUGAUAUGAUUAAGACUAGAUUAAUGAUUCAGGGAUCGACCAACCAAUAUAAAGGUAUCUUUGAUUGUGUCCAGAAUGUCGUCAGAGAAGAAGGGUCACAGGCUCUUUUAAAGGGCAUUGGACCAAGAGUUCUGUGGAUAGGCAUUGGUGGUUCGAUAUUCUUUGGCGUCCUAGAGAGCACGAAGAGAUUCCUAGCUGAGAGGCAUCCUAAUAGUCAUCCGGAAUCUAACUCAAAGCAGGAAUAG